UUUAAAAGAAGAUAAUCCAUGAUGGCGCGGCAAUGAAAGGUAGAAAUAUUCGUUCAGUUAGAAUCUGGAUUAAACUAGACCGCCUUGCUUAUAUGAUCUGACGACUGAGGAUAACACGACAAGAUGCAGUCAUGAAACGGGUCCGGGCCGAGCAUAUCCAGUACACUGUGGCUCAGUACCUGAAGAGGAGACAAUAUGUGGAUACUGACGGCUCCCUGAAAGGAGCCAAACUCUUCCAGUCCACAGAAGAGCUGGCUGCUGGUCUGACUGUGCAGACAGAGUCGGGCUGUGCCAACAUCGUCUCUGCUGCUCCUUGCCAGCCCGACCCGCAGCAGUAUGAGGUCCAGUUCUCCAGGCUCCGCUGCUUUCUCUCAGAAACAGAAAUCUCUUAUGCCCAGGAGGUCAGCUGCCUCCUCUACCCGCUCUUCGUUUAUCUCCACCUUGACAUGGUGCACUGCGGCCUGAAGGGGGCAGUAGACAGCUUCUACGUCCGUUUUCACGACGCCUUUCUUCACGACGGGGAGCAGCGGUCGGUGGUGGAGCAGCUCCGCCACGUCGUCACGGCGCAGGACGUCGCCGCCAAUCCCAAGCUGAGGUCUUUCCUGGAGCAUAAGUACGUGGUUCACCUGACGGAGCCGGCUCACAGCUACCUGCUGCGCUACCUUCAGAGCGACGACAACAGCGCCAUCUGCAGGACACUCAGCACACACCUGCAGGUGGAGGUCACUGCUUCCAGGCGAACUGAGUACCAGCUGUACGGAGCCGCCGCUGGCUCCAUGGCGGCCGCCAACGCCGGCUCCUGGGCGGGCGUGGGCGGAGCUGAGGGCGGCGCCGAGGCGUUGGAGGUUCCUGCCGGGAUCCCGCAGAACGAGGUGGCGCUUCUGGCGCUGCAGGACUGCAUCAAGAAAGUCCGCGAAGGCCCUCCGUCGCUCACCACCAUCUGCUUCUACGCCUUCCACCACACGGAGCAGAUGCUGAACGCGGCGGAGGUUUCGCCGGACAGCCGGCUGCUGGCGGCCGGGUUCGACAACUCCGCCGUGAAGCUGUGGAGCCUCCGGGCCAGGAAGCUGAAGGCCAAACCACACCAGGCCGACGUGUCGUACAUCCACCUGGCGUGCGACGUGCAAGAGGAGGAGGUGGACGAGGAGGACGGCUGCGGCAGCGAGGUGAAGAUGCUGCGCGGCCACAGCGGUCCCGUCUAUCGCACCGCCUUCCUGACCGACAGCUCCGGCCUGCUGUCCUGCUCUGAGGACUCAACCAUCCGCUACUGGGACCUGGGCAGCUUCACCAACACGGUGCUGUACCAGGGCCACGGGUACCCGGUGUGGGACCUGGACGUCAGCCCCUGCAGCCUCUAUUUCGCCAGCGGCUCCCACGACCGCACCGCCCGCCUCUGGACCUUCUCGCGCUCCUACCCGCUGCGGCUCUACGUCGGCCACCUGUCCGACGUCGACUGCGUCAAGUUCCACCCCAACUCCAACUACCUGGCCACCGGCUCCACGGACAAAACGGUGCGGCUGUGGAGCACCCAGCAGGGCCAGUCUGUGCGGCUCUUCACGGGCCACCGCGGCGCCGUGCUGGCGCUCGCCUUCUCGCCAAACGGGAAGUACCUGGCGUCGGCUGGCGAGGACCAGCGGGUGAAGCUGUGGGACCUGGCGGCGGGGACUCUGUUCAAAGAGCUGCGCGGCCACGCGGACAGCAUCACCAGCCUGUCCUUCAGCCCGGACAGCAGCCUGGUGGCGUCCUCCUCCAUAGACAACUCCGUCCGCGUCUGGGACAUCCGCAGCGCACACGGCGGGGCGCCGGCUGCCGACGGCUCGUCCGGCGAGCUGGUGGGUCAGUACGUAGGAAACACCAGCAACGUCCUGAACGUCCAGUUCAUGGCCUGCAACCUGCUGCUGGUCACAGGAACGGCGCUGGAGAAAACCGAGCCGUAGCAACAAACGACUCGGCUCCAAUUUCACUUCCACAAAGUUUCACUCAUGUUGAUGUGCUGUUGGAACAUCGUGGAAGCAUGUUUAUAAUGUAAAUGUAAAUAAUGAGAAUACAGUCACAUUUUGAGAAUAAAGUCGUAAUAAUAAGAACAAAGUCAUAUUAUGAAUAUAAACUACGAGAAACAAGUUAUACAAUAAGAAUCCUACAAAAAUGUUGUAACAUUACGAGUCGUAACACAAUAUAAACAGUCAUAUUUUGAGAACAAAGUUGUAAAAAUGUGAAAAUAAAAACUCAUUUUGAGAAUAAAGUCGUAAUACGAGUCUAAGAACCGUAAUAUUUAGAGAAAAAAGUUGACUUUAUUAAUACUAUGACGUUAUUGUGGUAAACUUUAUUCUUGUAAUACUACAACUUCUCGUGUAGUUUUGACUUUAGUCUCGUUUUAUUUAAGCUGUAUUCUCAUAAUUUAAUUCUACUUUCUUAACGUGGCUCUAAUACUCGUUCUUCAUGGUAUCGUAAGAAAGCACAAAAACAAUCGGCAACAAAAAAAGGAUUUUCUGUUUCUUACAAACUUGUGAAACCAGAUUGUUGAUGUAUUUUUUAUCGUACUGUAGAUGAAGUACAAAUACCUGGCAGUUUCUGGGCAUUUUUCACUCGGUUCCAUAGGAAUCUGGAUGCUUGGCGCCAUUAAAAGGAGAAUUUUUUUUUUUCCUAUGGACAAAAACAACGUUAUUGAUAACUUGCUUAUUGAUGCAGUUGGAAUAAACUUGUAAGUUUCAGCA